GUUGAAUCGGUCACCGGUUGCACUCGUUUGGCGUGAUAGUUGUUUAUCGGCACAAACUCUAUAUAAGGGGCUCGCGCGAGUAGAAGUGCGGUAUUUGUGCUCACAGGACGCGUCCAGUGUGCCGCUCCGUUUUUCACCGAACAAGGUACAAAUAAAACUUCUGAACAUGGCAUCAAGGGACCCGGCCACAGACCAGCUGGUCAACUACAAGAAAACUCUUAAAGAUUCGCCUGGUUUCAUUACUACCAAAUCUGGAAACCCUGUUGGAGUGAAGACUGCGAUCCAAACUGUUGGUAAAAAUGGACCUGCCCUCUUACAAGAUGUUAACUUCUUGGAUGAGAUGUCUUCUUUUGACAGGGAGCGUAUUCCGGAACGCGUGGUACACGCCAAAGGUGCCGGCGCGUUUGGUUAUUUGGAGGUCACCCAUGACAUAAGCAAAUACACCGCUGCUAAAGUGUUUGAAACUAUUGGAAAGAGGACUCCUAUUGCAGUCCGAUUCUCCACUGUCGGCGGUGAAAGCGGUUCGGCCGAUACUGUUCGUGAUCCUAGAGGAUUUGCCGUCAAGUUUUACACAGAUGACGGCAACUGGGAUUUAGUAGGAAACAACACUCCUAUCUUCUUCAUUAGAGAUCCUACUCUGUUUCCUAGUUUUAUCCAUACCCAGAAACGUAACCCCGCAACCCACCUAAAGGAUCCAGACAUGUUUUGGGAUUUCUUGACUCUCAGGCCAGAAUCAAUUCAUCAGGUUUUGUACCUAUUUGGUGACCGUGGAAUUCCCGAUGGAUACAGACACAUGAAUGGAUAUGGCUCUCACACCUUCAAACUGGUAAAUGCUCAAGGAGUAGCUCACUGGGUGAAAUUCCAUUAUAAGACCAAUCAAGGAAUAAAGAACUUGCCCGUCGUUAAAGCCGCGGAAUUGGCAUCGUCCGACCCUGAUUAUUCUAUCAGAGAUCUGUACAAUGCAAUUGGAAAGGGCGACUUCCCGUCAUGGACAUUAUACAUUCAAGUCAUGACCAUGGCGCAGGCAGAAAAUUGCAAAUUCAAUCCAUUUGAUUUGACCAAGAUCUGGCCUCAUGCGGAGUACCCAUUGAUCCCAGUGGGUAAGCUGGUAUUGGAUAGGAAUCCGAAAAACUAUUUCGCUGAGGUAGAGCAAUUGGCCUUUAGCCCGAGUAAUUUGGUCCCGGGAAUAGAGCCGUCACCCGACAAGAUGUUGCAAGGCCGUUUGUUCUCAUACAGCGACACCCACCGCCAUCGCUUGGGGGCCAACUUCUUGCAGAUUCCUGUUAACUGUCCGUACCGUGUCACUGUUUCAAACUACCAACGCGAUGGACCUCAAGCUAUUGCCAACCAGGAGGGUUGCCCGAAUUAUUUCCCAAAUUCAUUCUCUGGGCCACAAGAGUGUCCUCGCGCUCAGCGUCUGCAACCUAGAUACAACUUGACUGGAGAUGUCGACCGCUAUGAUAGUGGCCAAACCGAAGAUAACUUCUCUCAAGCGACAGUUCUCUACAAACAGGUCUUUGAUGAUGCUGAAAAGCAGCGUACCAUCUCGAACGUUGUAGGCAAUCUGAAGGAUGCCGCGGCUUUCAUCCAAGAAAGGGCUAUCAAGAUCUUUACCCAAGUUCACCCGGAUCUAGGCAGCAAGAUUGAAGCUGGCUUAGCCCCUUUCAAAAAAUACCAUGCCAAUUUGUAAAUAUUACCAACUAAUGUUUAAUGGUGCUACACAAUUUUAUCAGUGCUAAUAACCAAGGGCCUAUCUGUAUUCAUCUGGGUACCUAUUAUUAUUUAGUAUUUUCAUAUUUUUUAUGGGGAUAUGUGGUAAAAUACAUUAAUUCAUAUUGAAACGGUUUUAGUACUUGUAAUUAUCUUGUUUUUCAUUGUAAUAUUAAUAAUUUAUAUUGUUCUAUUUUAUUUGUUUUUGUUAAUAAUGAAUCGUCUGGUCAAAAUGUAAACUUUUAAAAUUAAAAUUUUCAAAUCA